AUGAUACUCGCCAAACAUGCCAUUUGCAUCUUCGCGGUUCAAUCCUCCUUUUCACACGUGUCUACCAUCCAGCCACAUGCUCAGAGAGAGAGCGUGGUUCGCGUGUUCCAUGUUAGGACACCGCUACUAUUUUAUUAUUAUGCCAUAAAAAGCUGUUCAGGGAUGGUGUUGGUGGAUGAGAGUGAGAUGAAGGGCAACUACCACCUCGGCUACGGAUCAAAGGCAAAAGUGGAAACAUAA